AAAGGAGAAAUUUCUUCUCACAAAUUUUGGGUUCGAACUCCUCACUUCAACCCGCACUCCGGCCACCGUCGGCUGCCGCCGAUCCCUCCGCCGCCGACGCCGGACGCCGCCAGUGCCCAGGGAGUUGGUAGCAUGGAAGCCGGAGGCACCGCCGCCGGCACACGAGGAGGAGGAGGAGGGGCGGAGCUGUGCCGGCAGAUGGCGGCGCAGCUGGCGGCGUACCAGCGCGGGAUGGCCGUCGAAAGGGAGCGCCAAGCUUCCACCUCCGCCAACUACCGCGCCGCGCUUCUCUCCUCCCGCUCCAUCGCCCGUCAAACCAUCUCCCGCCAAGAGGAACUGAGUGGACUCAACCUUCAGUUGCGGAAUUUGGAAGAUGGUCUUGCAGAAGCAUUGUCUGUUAAGGCCGGCAAGGAGUCAAAGUACCAACUUACCAAAGAGACGAUUUCAAGCACUGCGGCUAUAAAUGAGAAGCUUGAGGGCAUGGUUACAGAUCAGCGGAACAAGAGAGAUCACCAUGCUGCAGUCAUAUCGAAUCACCUCGAGGCUGUUGAAGCUCUUGAAGCAAAGUUUAUUGAGGAUGAAACACGGAUGAAGAAAAUAGAAGAAGCUGUAAUCUGGUACAGCAAGUUCCUUGGUUUCCAGGUUGUUGGAGGAGAAGGUGUAAAGUUCAUCUUCAACAAAAUAGACUUGCAAAGCCCUGAUAAGGAGUACUCGGUUACCUUAAAGCUUGCCAAAGAUCGAUAUAACUUACUUCAAUGUGAUCCAAGUAUAAAAGAUUCUGAAGAGUUGAUGAAGGAUUUGAACCUCACUAACGAUCUGUUCAAGUUUGUAAGAAUCGUCAGAGAAAGGUUCCAGGCUGAGGCUGCUACUGUGAAUGGAGGUCUUCUCAUGAGUUCAGUUGUUUGUCCAGAUGCUUCCUCUAUACCAGUUUCACCUCCAAUGUUAAUGCCACUUGACUCUAGAACUGAAAAUGUUCUUGAUAAGAGUCUUUCUCAGAGUAAGAACAAGGGGCGGAAUCUACCUUCUAAAAGAGGAGCUGCUGCCCUAUCAGCAGCAUCUCCUGGUUCUGCGGUAUCUAUUGUGCGGCGCUCCCCACAUUUUGUGGGAAUCAGGUGAGUUGUCAGCUGAGGCAAUUUGUUGUCACCUGAGCAGACUGGCUCUUUAACUGAUCAAGCAUUGUAGAUCCAAGAAAGUAACUAAAGUAAUAUCUUCAAAUAAUUCAUCAACUGUCAGGGAACUCAUUGCCGGUUGUAUGUAUGAUUCAAAUUAUCUUGUCAGAUCUUGUACUUGAUGGCGUUGUGUGUUAGUACUUCCCUUAUCAAAUGAAUCGCUUGUUUAGCGAGCAGUGAUCUCAUGGUGUACUUCUAUCCAAUGUACUGAACUGUUAUAGUGUUAUUAUGGGAUUUUCUCUCUCUUUUUUUUAAGAGGUGAACUGCUGUAAUUUCGCCCACUGAUUUUGUGAAAGAUGUGUCCUCUCGGCUUGCUCUCCAA